CAUUUCUGUUUCGAAAUUUCGUAACCCUUCUGGACAAAAACUUCAUGGAAGAUUGGGUCUCUCGAUCGGAAAUUCGAUUUACGUAUCGGUUUCCGACCUUUACACUGCUCCGACAAAUCAUCUGAUCUGUUCUCCGAUCUGUUCGCGGGGGAAGAAACGGAUCGGGAGAGCUUUUUCUGGUAUUGAAGGAGAUUUUCGGUUGGCUUUUGUUUAAUUUUGUUGCCGUCCAUUUCGUUUUUUGGGGAUUGAUUAUAAGGCAUGAGAUAUUUUAUCCGGGCGAGUGCGAUUCCCUGUCUGAUAUUUUGGUUUGGAUGAAAUUGUUCAUUGUUGUUGUUCGACAUGAGAUCGUGUUUCCGAUUUGGUCGUCCGUAAUCCUCUUGUAUCAAAUUCUUCAUGUGAAAUCUGUUAGUGGUAGUAUUACUCAUCACAGACGCCUCGAAUCGCUUCAAUGGGAGAUCCGUUGCACAAUUCUGCUAGAAGUAGAAACUCUGUAGCAGCUGGUGUUUCCUCCCGGAAGGAGCUUCCGAAGAAAAACUUAGUCGCUGCUAUUCCGAGAGCUUUUCAGCAGACGAUUUACAAGCAAAUUUUGUCAGUGAAUGGUGGAAAAGUUGGCAACGGCAUUGCAUGGAAUGCUGCCGUGUUUUUGCUCAAAAUUGCUGCUUUGGAAGCCGUUCGAAGAAUUUCGAGGGCCAAAUGUCCAUUUAUUUGGAACAGUAUUCAGGCACUGCAAUGCCUAUGCUAUCCUCCUCUUAAGUGGAUUCAGAGAUGGGCUCCCUUCAAGGGGUUGAUCAAUGCGAUGCAGACACUCUCCAGACCAUUAUUAGUCCUAACAAUUGCAGAAGCUUUCACUGAGCAGUCUGAGAGAAAGAGUGAAGCUUCAGAUAGUAUCACUCCUUCUCAUACGUAUCCAGAGUCACAUUCUGCUCCAAACACCUCACAGUCUCCGUCAGAUACAAGGAUCGAAGAUGAAUCUCUACAACCAGUGAUAUCAGAAGACUGGUUAAAACGACUCUAUGAAGAAUUGGAAAAGCAGCAAAUAAGCUUACCAGAAAGACUUGACGAGAACGAGCUUCACAAAUUCUAUAGAGUCUCAAAUGGAGACUUUGCUUGUUUAGUAUCUUCAAUAAAAAAGACAAUCCGUUGGAGGGAGACAUACAGAAUCCUUUCUGAAGAAGAACUUGAAGCAUGGUCAAGUUUAGUCUUUUGGCAUGGAUAUGAUCGGAGCAACCGGCCAUGCCUCAUAGUCCGUCUUGGGCUUGCUUGCUUAAAGCUACCGUCUCAUGAAAGACCUCGUUUCUCUCAGGCAAUCAUAUCUCAGGUAGAGCAUGGUGUUCUGCAUCUGAUAAAGCCUGAAAAUCCGGAGCUUAUGGUUUUGGUGGAUUGUGAAGGAUUAUCUCCUCUGAGGAUUCCAAUGCAAAUGAUGAGAACAUGUUCUUCUCUUCUCCAAGACCAUUUCCCCAAUCGCCUCGGCUGCUUAUUUGUCAUACGCCUUCCUCCUGUUGUCCGCGUCAUCACUCAGACUUUCACCCAAAUUCUCAGACCAAACACACGAAAGAAGUUGAGAAUCGAGGGAGAAAUGUUCCAGAGAAUCCUCUGCGAGUAUAUCCAGACACUUCCUUCAUACCUCGGAGGCGACUGCAACUGCAAGAGAUGUUCAAAUCCCCGCAAUCAAAACUCGGAUUCAGACGGGAGAAGCAAGAGAGAAGCAGGAAGAAUCGAGGCCGGGGAAUGGAGGAGCAGCAAUUACAAUCUCGAGAUACCGGAUUUAGCAGUGGAGGACGGUCCAGACAUGAACAUAUGUAACCAGGUUCUGAGAACAGCAGUAAUGUUGCUGCUCAUGUUAUGGCUCUUUGGCGCACUCAUUGCUGGAAUUAUCGACCCCGAGACCCGUCCAUUUUGAGCUUCCAUCAUGAGGUAAUAACACCUUCAUGAUCAUCAUCAUCCUUCUGUUCUGUCUGUGUACAUUAUUAUAUGAACAUGUAUAUCAUCUCGUCAUGGAUAUCGUUGGUAGUAUUCUAAAAAAUGUGCUCGCCCCCGAUCUAAUUGUCAGAUCAUCACGUACGGUAUGUAGAACAAUAGUCUGAAUAAUAAACGACUUUUGUUGCAUUGCAUUCACGAGGAUAGAUUGUGUGUAUAUAUCUAUAUGAUAUUGGCACCGCUCUUGUUUCCGUCA